AUGCCUCGUACAAUUCCAGAGCCAGGAAAUGUGCCAAAUGUGCCUCAUGACGCCCGACAAGCUUAUCAGACUCUCAAGUCCGGCGGAGUCAUCAUCGCCCCAACAGAUGUAGGCUAUGCACUUCUGGCCACUUGUCAGGCCGGGAUUCAAAGAAUCUUUGCUGCUAAAGGUCGUCAAGAGAGCCAUAACAUCGGUAUCAUCGGAACGUAUCUGCAACAUCGAGAGAUUCAUUUGUUGCCGGAGUCAAAAUUCGAAUUGACGCGUGUGUUGACGGAAGAUAUGGGAAUGAUAAUCGGAAUCAUCGCCAAGUUCGAUUCAAAGAGCCUUCACCCGCGUUUGGCGGUGCUAGAUAAGGCUACACUGUCUCAGGUCACAAAUGGAGACACGGUUAGCAUCGCCAUACCAGAAGGACCUUUCUUACGAGAGCUCGGUCGGCUUUGCGAUGACGACCCACAGGGCAUAUUAAUGUUCGGAACGUCCGCAAAUCUUACGGGACAAGGGCAACGAUUUCGGAUUGAAGACGUGGAGCCCACCGUGCUUGCAAGUGUUGAUUUGAUUGUUGAUUACGGCCUGCAGAAGUGGCAUUUGUACGGCUGCGGUGGUGUCAAUCUCGAUAUUGAAAACAUGCAGGUCCUACGUAAGGGAGCGGGGUACGAAGUUUGCAAAGACAGGAUCUUGAGAUGGUUUCCACGCCUCUUUGAUGAGGCGGCCGGCGGCCUUGACUAA